UGUCGUCACUUCCUCUGUCACAUUCGCUACUGAGCUUAACAGGCUAGGUAGCUAACUAGCCGCUAAUGUCCAUUUAUGAUUUCUGAUAUUUGGAGAUCUUUUGUAAAAUGAAUACGAAACGUUUAAGGUCUGGCUGAACCCAUUGUAGUAACUCACCAGUCUUGUAUCGAGCCAGAGACCUCUUCAAGUAUUAUUUGUUAGCCACCUGCUAGCAAGCAUUGGCUAACUAUAUUCAUACAACACCAUGGCAAGUGCAGCAAAUACAAACCUAAACGCCGUCCGGGAGACAAUGGAUGUGCUGCUUGAGAUCUCCAGGUUGCUGAAUACUGGUUUGGACAUGGAGUCUCUGUCCAUAUGUGUGAGACUUUGCGAGCAGGGCAUCAAUCCAGAAGCCCUGUCUGCUGUCAUCAAGGAACUGCGUAAAGCUUCUGAGUCCCUCAAGGCUUCUGAAAACUGUGCAAACUGAAGAUGAAAACCGAUCACCUCAGUUUGGGACAUUUAAUGGAAUCAUGCCCUGUUCCGGGGUCUGUACUUGGUGUGGGCUCAUCAGCCAAUCAGAUUUGUGUUUGUGUUGGCGGUCUGUCAUCUGCACCUUCCUCGGUGACAAACAUGCUCCACUCUGUGCUUUGACUUGUGUCUGGGUUUUGUGUAGCAGUAUAAGCUCAGUCCUCUUUCUAAACACAAGUCUUCUCCAGACAUGAGGGCACACUCAGCCUUUCUGCCUCAAAUUUAGGGUUGCUCCAAGUUUCUCCUACCACCAUUUGUGAAGUCUAAGUUCAGAGUGCUUCUCAUCCUGCCUUAAUUUAAGAUUUUUUUUAAAUGUCUGUCAUUUGUUAAGAUUUUUUUUAAAUUUUGUGUAAGCAUAAAGCAUUUUCCAACUUAAUCCUUUUGCCAUUUCCGUUGUCCAUGUAACCAUCAAUGAUGGAAUGACGUCUAAAUUAAAAUGUUGCAGUCAGUGGCCA